AUGGUGGAUAUUAGCAAAACUGAAAAGGUUCAGUUGCACGUCCCAGAACUGGAGGAACUAAGUACUGUUUUAAAAAAAGGACUGGAAGAUAACUUUGCAGAAGUUACAGUGAGUGUUGUGGAAUGUCCGGACCUCACAAAGGAGCCGUUCUGCUUUCCUGUUAAAGGUUUGUGUGGAAGUCCUCGGGUCACAGAUGUGGGAGGAAAGCCUAACCUGCUACCCGUGGUUCAAAAGCACAAGGAGUAUGACAUGAAUGCAAUAUCAAAGAUGGUGGAGCUACCAAAAGCAUUUUUUCUUGGGGCAGGAGCUGCAUCUCCCAGAGUGGUGGGGAUGAACGCAGAGCUAAUACCUCUAGUUCUAACUGAAUCAGAAGGAAGGCCUGCAGUGAACAGCAGCUACUUCUCCUCCAUCAAUCCAGCGGAUGGUCAGUGUCUGCAAGAAAGAUACAGCGACAAAUUCUCAGAUUGUAACUUUGCUCUGCUCGGGAAUUUUUACGCUUGUGAGGGGAAGCCGGGAAAGGUCAUUGAGGUACAUGCCAAGAAGAGAACAGGAGCCUAUAGCAUAGUGACGGCCUUGAGAAAGACUCUGGAAGUGGAGUACCCUGAUAAAAGCCUUGCUCUGGGGGGCACCUUCAUCAUCCAGAAGGGGAGAGCCAAAAUCCACAUCAUGGUCAGAGAGUUCCCCGUCUGUCCACUGGUCACCGAUGAAGCGGUCAACCAUCGUGUGAAGCACUUUGAGGUGAACACCCCCAUCAUCUGCCAGUCUGUGCUUGUAUCCAAGGACCCUGGACUGGACCUGUGUAUGGAGCACACACACUGCUUCAGCCACCAUGGAGAAGGUGGCCACUACUACAUCGACACCACACCUGACAGUGUGGAGUACCUGGGCUACUUCAUGCCUGCAGAGUUUAUUUACCGCAUCGACAGACCCUAAGAGACACAUACAGUGGCGAGAGAUUGAAAAAAAAUCUACCUCAAGUACGACCUAGUGCUAUUUAAUCACUCAAUUAUGAAGUACAGAACCACACA